CCGCUUCUACCCUCAAACCAAGCGCAAUGCCCACGUCGCUGACGUUGCCGCUGCCCGCCGUGGGGGCGGCGGUCGCAGCGUCGCCGGUCACCGCCGCACUGGUAGCGACGCCCUACAGAUCUCGUCCACUCCGCCUCGUCGCGACUCCAGCCGCCACCGCCUCUUCUUCGCCCUCUACUUCCACCUCUGCCGUCUCCAGCGCGCCGCCGUCGGCGAGGCAUUCCCGCAAGCAUCUGGCGGGCAGAGACGGCGCCCCGUCGAAGCCCACCAAGCCCCGCGUGUUCUUCCUCGACGUCAACCCGCUCUGCUUCCGCGGAUCCCAGCGCAGCCUCAGCGCCUUCGCGCGCUGGCUCGCGCUCUUCUUCGCGCACGUCAGCCUCCGCGACCCUGUCGUCGCUGUUUUAGACGGGGAAGGAGGGAACGAGUACCGGAGGCGGCUGCUGCCGUCGUACAAGGCUCAUAGGGCUCGCGGCGUUGGCACGGGCGCUGACUCGCGCGUCGUCGACGUUCUCCGCGAAUGCAAUGUACCGGUUGUAAGAGUCCACGGAUACGAGGCAGAUGAUGUGGUGGCUACCUUGACAGAACAGGUUUUACAGAAAGGUUAUAGAGUUGUCAUAGCAUCACCAGAUAAAGACUUCAAGCAGCUGAUAUCCGACGAUGUUCAGUUAGUUAUGCCCAUUCCUGAGAUUGGGCGAUGGUCUUUCUAUACAUUAAGGCAUUAUGUCGCUCAGUACAAGUGUGAUCCAACUGCAGAUUUAAGCCUUCGGUGCUUCAUGGGUGAUGAAGCAGAUGGUGUUCCAGGAAUCCAGCACUUGGUUCCGGGAUUUGGUAGAAAGACUGCAGUGAAACUACUGCAAAAACAUGGUUCAUUAGAAAACUUGCUAAACACAGCUGCAAUUAGAACUGUUGGCAAGGGUUAUGCUCAGGAUGCCCUCACUAAGCAUGCUGAUUACUUGAGGAAAAAUUACGAAGUACUUAGCCUAAAAAGGGAUGUAAAUGUUCAACUUGAUGACAGUUGGUUAUCCACGAGGAACACAUACAAUGACACCAGUGUUCUAUCUGACUUCAUCCUUCAAUUUAACAAUGAAGGCAGAAGCUAAAGGCCGGUACAAUCGAAUAUCUUCACCAGCUGGGUUUCUUCCUCACAAACCACGUUUGACAAGAAAAGAGGGAUGUAUAAAGGUUGAAGGGGCCAGUUCCUGAAAAAUCUGUGUAUAUAUACUAUAUCCUUGCUCCAAAGUAGAAGUCAUCACAUAUUAUUGCUUCUAAUAUGUGAAUGUGGUAGUCUACCCAGGUUCAAGCCGUGUGCUACACAGAGGUUUGGAAGGACUGCCUUUGUGGUACGUGAUCUCCGGGACAAGCUUGAAGGAAGAAGGAUCUCCUAGAACAAGCUGUAAUGGUAGUACUACUGUGCUCUGAGAUCCAUCAGUACCUUGCCAGGAGAUUCCAGAUAUAAUGUACUUUAUGCUAGGUAGCUGCUCGUUGAUGUAUAUCAUCAAAUACGAUUAUACAAGCACUUUGCUGCAAAUUUGUACUAACUGCCAAUUGUCAAUAAUGCCAUGAGAACCCACGAUUCUGCUCA